GCUUGACCUGCCAGCUGCCAAUGUUAGGGUAAAAGCGGUUCGAAUGCGGACCAAAGCUGUCGGUUUGGCGUUGGGCCUUUAAAGCGUCAUGUAAACGCCCUUUCUCUGGCCACCUGCCUCCACACGAGUCUGGACCCAUUCCUUCUCCUUCGAUCGAUCGAGAGAGAGAAGAUGUUUAGUGACUUGUUGCAGAAGUUCGUUUUCCCGUCGUCUGAUCUAUUCGCAGCAAUUCUUUCUCCGAUGGUGUUUUUAUUCUUAGCCUACUUGGGUUUCUCUGAGAUCAGAGGCAGACACCUUCAGUACUCCAAGUUCAGCGACGUCGGCAAUGGUUCCCGGACGUUCACAGGAGCACGGCCGAUUAAGGUCUCCAGUUCAACCGGUAUGCUUAUCCUGUACACUCCCGCCUUUCUCGCCGGCGUCGCUUCCUUCUUCCUCUUCCCCGACGAUUACGAUCUCAGAUUCUUCCUGCUCAGAUCGGCUGUUACUCUCCAUUUCUUCAAACGGGUGUUGGAGGUCCUGUUUGUUCACAAGUAUAGCGGAGGCAUGAUCUUGGACUCCGCCAUCCUCAUUUCUAUUGCCUACGCCUCAGGCGCUGCAUUCAUGAUUUAUGCCCAACACCUCACGAGAGGUUCCCCUGCCCCUCCCAUUGACUUGAAGUACAUCGGGGUUGCCCUAUUUUUGGUGGGGAUCAGUGGUAACUUCUACCACCAUUACCUUCUAUCUAAACUUCGAGACAAGGGCACAGCCAAAGGGUACAAGCUACCGAGAGGGGGCUUCUUUAACCUAGUUAUUUGCCCACACUAUUUUUUUGAGAUUUUAGGGUUUGUGGGAAUUUCAUGCAUCUCUCAAACAUCGGUUUCAUUCUCUGUAGCCAUUGGAACAGGUUUGUACUUGAUGGGAAGGAGCUACAUGACUAGGAAAUGGUACCUUUCUAAGUUUGAAAAUUUUCCCAAGGAGGUAAGGGCCUUGAUUCCGUAUGUGUUUUAGGUAGCGAGACCUACCAGAUCAACUUUAUUUUUUUUGGAUUACGCACCGGGUAUCCACGUGUUUGUUUUACGGUCCACGUGACUAAUCUUGCGCCCCUUGAAGUUGACCCCACAACUCCAAAGGGAGGGUAAAUUCAGGAGUGCAAGGGCAGAAAUGAGCUCAGGAGGGUUUGAACACCUGACCUCAGGAGAGACACUUCCGCAGCCCACACUACCACCUGAACCACACCCUAAGGGUUACCAGAUCAACUUUAUUGAUGCACUGCUUUAUGCAUCCAAAACUUUCUGUGUGUUUUAGGCAUACAACCGUACCAAUAACAAUUAGUUCUAUAUGAUUGUAUUUGCAAUUUUCUUUGGUAUAUAGUGGCGCAAAAGUCUAUUAGGGAUCA